CACAUUCCUUCAACCCCAAACAAAACCUCUCGUAGCUUGCAAGACUCAGAGACUGAAAAUGGAGGAAAGAGAAGAAAGAAAAGACUCAAAAUUAUGUGAAGAGUGCAAAUUGAAUGAUUCAAAAUACAAAUGCCCAGGUUGUUCUUUUCGCUCUUGUAGUCUCCCCUGCGUCAAAGCUCACAAACAACGCACUGGUUGUACGGGCAAGAGGAACCGGACUGAGUUCGUUCCUCUUUCUCAGUUCGACGAUAAUCAGCUCAUAUCUGAUUAUAAUUUGCUGGAGGAGGUGAAAAGGGUUUCUGAAUCUGCUCAAAGAAUGAGGAAAAAGUUAUGCAAAUACAAUCAUUAUAGGCUACCGUAUUUCCUUAGGAGUGUUAGGAGUGCAGCUGCAAGUAGGAGAACAAAGAUUUUGUUUCUUCCAGGUGGCAUGACAAAAAGAGAGAAGAAUCAAACUAAUUAUGAUAAAAGGAAGAAAUGCAUCUACUGGACGAUCGAGUGGCAAUUUCAUUCAACGGAUGUUGUGUUAGUUGAUCAUGGAAUUGAUGAAAGCCUGAAUAUCUCCUCCGUUAUUGGGAACCAUUUAAAGCCUGGUCCUUAUCAUCAUCAACUGAAGCGAUUUUGUGAGGAAGACCUUGAAAAUCUGAAGUUCUUUAUCCGGAAAUAUCAAAAGGGGUCAACUUCACCUUUCUAUGAGUUAGAUGUUAAGGUUCCCCUAAGGCAGCAAUUAACAAAUAAGGUGAUUUUGGAGUACCCUGUCAUAUAUGUUUUCCUCCCUUCACACAAUAUUGAUUUCGAAGUUGUUAAAGAUGAUUAUCCCACUUUUCCCAAACCGGACCUUAAAACUUCUGAAAGCGAUAGUCAUUUAGAGAUAGGAGGUGUUCCUUUUAAAGAGGAAGAAAUAAUGGAAAUUGGCAGGUCUUUGCCUCAACUCUACGAUCUUGUGAAAAAUGAGAGCUUGGCGAAGUCGGCUUCCCCACAUCAGUUCACCAACCAAAGUAUGUCUGAGAAUGUAUUGAAUAACUCAUCAGAGCGAGCUACGUCCACAGGAGUUGCAGCAGAAGAUGGCUUCCAAUCACCUAUCUCAAACACCGAUAAGGGAAAUGUGGAAUUUGAUUUUGAUCAAGAGUUAAUAGAUGAAUACUCAGAGUUAAUUAAAGAAAUUAAUCCGGAUGAUUUUCUUAAUUUGGAAGGUUUACUUGACGGGGAAGAAGAGGAGAAAGAUGAUGGAAAAAGCCUAGAGAAAGAUGACAGAAAAGACUAUUGUGACGAUUUUUAUGAUUUUGAAAGUAUAUAUAACAAAGAAGAUGACAGAAAAAACUCAAAUGUAGAGGAUGACUUAGAGGAAGGAGAGAUUGUAGAAUGAUUAGUCCAAUGAUGUAUUCAUAAUGUUUCUCAAACGGAAGAAUUUAGAAGUGGAUCAUUGAGCUCUGGUCAUCCUGUUCGACAUUUCCAGCUAUGUUUUGGUUUUGGAAGCCUUAUACCGUUCAAUAUGCUUAAUGCUACAUCACCAGAAUCUGUAAUUGGGUGCUUCUUAGGCAGUGGAUUAAAUCCUUCAGAGCAACGGAAUGUAUAUAUGAGAUUGAUUGCCUUCUCUUGUAAUUUUGCUGUUAUUUCUCUGUACAAAGUUAUAGCUCACAGCCCUUUGAAGGUUCAACAAUUUUGUCCCCAAAAGAAAAAAAAAGAAUUGAGUUUUUCUAAUAUUGUCAGUGGUCAGUGGAUGUUAAUAGAGAUUUAGUUGCAAGACUAA